AUGAGGCAAUCAUUAUUUCUUAGUAUCUUACAUGAUAUUCAACAAGUCAAUGAGUACCUCAUCCAAACCCAUGAUGCCACUAGUGCUCUUGGAUUAUCUAGUGUACAAAAGAUGACUGCUGCACUUCAGAUUCUACAAUACAGUGUACUUGCUGAUGUUGUAGACGAGUACAUUAGAAUCGGCGAAACUACUGCAAUUGUCGCUUUGAAUUUCUUUACCAAAAUGAUUGUUGCUAUCUAUGAAGGCGUUUACUUAAGAUCCCCAAAUGAGUCAGAUGUCGCCAGAUUAUUACAAGUAGAAGAGCAACGUGGGUUUCUUGAAAUGUUAGGGAGUUUAGAUUGUACGCACUGGCAUUGGGAUAAAUGUCUAACCGCCCAAGCAAGUGUUUACACUAGCCACUACCACAAACCAAUAGUUAUACUCGAGGCAGUCGCUUCCUACAACUUGUGGAUUUGGCAUGCUUUCUUUGGCAUGCCUAACUCUCUGAAUGAUAUUACUGUUCUUGACAUAUUGCCUUUAUUUUCUGAAUUAACUAGAGGACGUGCCCCUACUACCAACUACAUCAAUAAUCACGCAUACACCGUGACAUAUUAUCUUGCUGAUGGUAUCUAUCCUUGUUGGGCAAUGAUUGUGAAAACAAUAUCUUAA